GAGGACAACAUCAUCAAAAUUCAGAACCGCCCCCUAGCAGGCAAAGAUGUCUCCGGCUGCCGGACUACAAGCGCCACUGCUGCCAAGCUACAAGCUGAGAAGCCGUGCAUCGGUGGCCGGCGCCGUGUUUAAUGUGUCCACCAGUAUCAUUGGAGCUGGGAUUAUGUCCAUUCCUGCCACCCUUAAGGUCCUUGGUGUCAUCCCAGCUUUUCUGCUGAUUGUGAUAAUUGCUUGCCUUGCUGACGUAUCUGUUGAAAUUCUGAUGAGGUUUACGCACGCCGGUGACUCGACAUCGUAUGCGGGUGUGAUGAGGGAGUCAUUUGGACGUGUAGGAUCAGUUGCAGUACAGAUUUGUGUUAUGAUCACUAAUCUUGGGUGCUUGAUUAUUUAUUUGAUUAUUAUUGGUGAUGUUCUAUCUGGAAAUCAGCCUGGAGGAUUAGUUCAUUUGGGUGUGUUGCAAGAAUGGUUUGGCAUUCAUUGGUGGAAUUCUCGUGCUUUUUCUCUGCUUUUCAUUGUUGUUUUUGUCAUGCUUCCAUUGGUUUUGCUCAGGCGUGUAGAAUCUUUGAAGUUUAGCUCUGCAAUAUCAGUUCUACUCGCGGUGGUGUUUGUUGGCAUAUGCUCAUUUAUGGCAAUUUCAGCACUCUUUGAAGGCAAAACCAAAACCCCAAGAUUGUUGCCUCAAUUGAACCAUCAAACCUCGUUCUUUGACCUUUUCACGGCCGUUCCUGUCAUUGUGACUGCUUUCACAUUUCAUUUUAAUGUUCAUCCAAUCGGUUUCGAGCUUAACAAGCCGUCUGAUAUGAUCUUGGCAGCAAGAAUUUCACUUGUAUUAUGUGCCGGCCUCUACUUCACAAUAGGACUAUUUGGGUACCUUUUGUUUGGAGACUCAAUCAUGGCUGAUAUACUUGUAAAUUUUGAUCAAAGUUCUGGUUCAGCAGUUGGUUCAUUGCUCAAUGACAUUGUUAGAUUAAGCUAUGCAUUUCACCUUAUGCUUGUGUUCCCUCUGUUGAACUUCUCUUUGAGGCUCAAUAUUGAUGAACUUCUCUUCUCUGAGAAGCCUAAUCUGGCCAAAGACACCACCAGAUUUUUGUCCCUCACAUUUGUACUUGUAGCGUUCACUUAUGUAGCAGCCAUAGCGAUCCCAGACAUAUGGAGUUUCUUUCAGUUCUUAGGAUCAACUUCUGCCGUCUGUCUCGCCUUCAUCUUCCCAGGGGCAAUUGUUCUCAGGGAUGUUCAUGGUAUAUCAACAGCAAGGGAAAGGACCAUUGCAUUAGUAAUGAUAAUUCUGGCUGUGGUGACCAGCACAAUUGCAAUUUGUACUAAUAUAAUUAGUUUCUUUGGAAACACUUCAUAAUCCGUAACCCAGUUUUUGUUCUGUUGAGGUCCAUGUUUUCUUUGUGUCAUAUAUUUCAUCAGAAUCUCAGGUGCAAUUUAGAUUAGAAGAGGAAUUUAUAUCCUUUCUUGGAUUGUGUAAGUUUGUUAAACCAAGGAAAUAUUUCAUAUGAAAUGUAAAAGUGAAAUCUUUCAAUCUUUUAGAAAA